UCUCUUUCACACUAGACUAGAAUCUACCGAACCACCUUCCACUAAAUUUAUUUUCCAACAAACCGAACAUUACUUUUAUUCACACUUGCACUCUUUAAUAAAAGCUUGUAUUCACUGGGUAGAAUAACACAGUACAAUACAAGCAACAAGGUUGUGGCAAUUAUUGAACAAAUGGAAGCACUCACUCUAUGUGCAGCAUCUUCUUCUUCUCCUAGCAGUUCAAGUUCAACCACAAGGUUAUGCACUUACCAUGUGUUUUUGAGCUUUAGAGGAGAAGAUACACGCAAAGGAUUCACCGAUCAUCUAUGUGCUUCCCUCGAAAGAAAAGGGAUCACAACAUUCAGAGAUGACAAAGAUCUUGAGAGAGGACAAGUCAUUUCACAAAAGCUAAUCAAUGCAAUUCAAGAUUCUAUGUUUGCCAUCACUAUUCUCUCGCCAGACUAUGCUUCUUCCACUUGGUGUUUGGAUGAGCUUCAUACGAUCAUGGAGUGCAGCAGCAAUAACAACCUGCAGGUUUUACCAGUCUUCUAUGGCGUAGACCCGUCUGAUGUAAGGCAUCAAAGAGGAUGCUAUGAGGAGGCUUUCAGAAAACAUCAAGAGAAAUUUGGUCGUGACACGGUUGAAAGAUGGAGAGAUGCUUUGACACAAGUUUCCCGUUACUCUGGAUGGGACUCCGAGGGCCGGCAUGAGGCAUCACUAGUGGAAAACAUUGCUCAACACAUACAUAGAAAGUUGGUUCCUAAAUUGCCAUCUUGCACAGAGAACCUUGUUGGGAUUGCUUCAAAGGUGGAUGAAGUGAACAAGCUCAUAGGUAUGCGGUUGAACGAUGUACGCUUUAUAGGCAUAUGGGGUAUGGGUGGCAUAGGCAAAUCUACUAUUGCUAGAUCUGUGUAUAAAGCAAUCCAAGGUGAAUUUGAACUUACUUGCUUUCUUGAAAAUGUUAGAGAGUUAUCUGAGACAAAGGGUUUAGUUCACAUACAAAGACAACUUCUUUCUCAUCUGAGUAUAAGUAGGAAUGAUUUUCAUAAUUUGUAUGAUGGGAAAAACACAAUACAAAACUCUUUAUGCAGAAAAAAGGUUCUCCUUGUUCUUGAUGAUGUGAAUGAAGUAAACCAGUUGGAGAAUUUAGCUGCGAAACAAGAUUGGUUUGGUCCGGGAAGUAGAGUGAUAAUCACAACUAGAGAUAAACACUUGCUAAUGACACAUGGAGUACAUAAAACUUAUGAAGUUGGAAUGUUAUUCCGAAAUGAAGCCCUUAAUCUCUUCUGUUUGAAAGCCUUUAAAGAAGAUAAACCACGAGAAGGGUAUUCGGAUUUGUCUAAAGAAGUGGUGGACUAUACUGGUGGUCUUCCAUUGGCACUUGAGGUGUUAGGUUCCUAUCUCUAUGGAAGAAAUGUCGAUGUUUGGCAUAGUGCGAUUAAGAAAAUAAGAAGUGUUCCACACCCUAGAAUCCAAGAUAAACUGAAAAUAAGUUAUGAGAGUUUAGAUCGCAUGGAGAAGGAUAUUUUUCUAGAUAUUGCCUGUUUCUUCAAGGGAAUGAAGAAAGAUAAAGUGAUAGAUUUAUUAGAAAGUUGCGGUUAUUGCCCUCAAAUUGGAAUCGAAAUUUUGAUUGAAAGAUCUUUGAUAACCAUAGAUUGGGGGAAUGAUAAACUUGAUAUGCAUGAUUUGCUUCAAGAAAUGGGCAGGGAUAUUGUAUUUCAGGAAUCUCCAAAUGAUCCAAGCAGACGAAGUCGGUUAUGGUCCCAAGAGGACAUUGAUCAUGUGUUGACAAAAAAUAAGGGAACUGAAGCAAUUAACAGCAUAGAUAUGAAGUUACAUCAACCAUAUGAAGCAUGUUGGAGCACUGAAGCAUUCUUUAAGACAAGUCAGCUAAAAUAUCUCGGUUUAUGCGAGAUGCAACUUCCCCUCGGCCUCAAUUGCCUCCCUAGUUCAUUAAAAGUUCUUCGUUGGAGAGGAUGUCCUCUGAAAGCUUUGCCACUAAAAACUCGACUCGAUGAAGUUGUUAACAUUAACUUAUCUCAUAGCAAAGUUCAACAAAUUUGGCAAGGUAUAAAGUUUAUGGAAAAGCUGAAGUACUUGAAUAUGGCUUUUUCCAAGAACCUAAAGAGAUUGCCUGAUUUUUCCGGUGUUCCGAAUCUUGAAAGAUUGAUUCUUAAAGGAUGUGCAAGCCUAAACGAAGUUCAUCCGUCCCUUGUACAUCACAAGAAAGUUGUUUUGAUAAAUUUCGAAGGAUGCAGAAGUCUUAAAUCUCUUCCAGGGAAAUUGGAGAUGAAUUCUCUGAAGAAUUUAAUUCUUUCUGGCUGUUCUGAAUUUAAAUUCCUUCCAGAGUUUGGCGAAAACAUGGAAAACCUAUCGAUGCUUGCUUUACAAGGAACAGCUAUAAGAAAACUACCCUCAUCACUUGGAUGCCUAGUUGGACUUAAAAAUUUGAACUUAAAGGACUGCAAGAGUCUUGUUUGCAUUCCAGAUACCAUUCAUGGAUUGAAUUCCCUCGUAACGUUGGACAUUUCAGGAUGUUCGAAACUUUGUAGAUUGCCAGAGGGCUUAAAGGAAAUCAAGAGUUUGGAGGAACUCCUUGCCGAUGAUACUGCUAUCGAUGAACUACCUUCCUCCAUUUUUUAUCUAGAUAAACUUGAAGUAUUAUCAUUUUCCGGUUGCAAAGGUCCAUUAACCAAGUCGACGAACUGGUUUCUUCCCUUCAAUUGGAUGUAUGGGAGCCAACCAGAUUCCACUGGGUUCAGAUUGCCAACUUCUGUCUUGAGUCUACCCUCUUUGAGAAAUAUAAAUCUAAGUUACUGUAACCUCUCUGACGAAUCAAUACCAGAUUAUUUUCGCCACCUUUCAUCGUUGAAUUCUUUGAAUCUAACUGGUAACAAUUUUGUUAGCAUACCAAGCGCAAUUUCUAAACUUCCGCGAUUGGGUUUCCUUACUCUAAAUUUCUGCCAGAAGCUUCAAUUGUUGCCGGAGCUUGCAUCAAGUAUGAUACAGUUGGAUGCAAGCAAUUGUGAUUCACUGGAAACUACCAACUUCAAUCCAGCAAAACCAUGUAGUCUCUUUGCAUCACCUAGACGACUAACUGAUGUUCAAAAACUUUUUAGCAGCUUUAUGGAGGGAUGUUGUCUUCCAUCUGCAAGAUUUGACAUGCUUAUCCCCGGGGAAGAAAUUCCAUCUUGGUUUGUUCCUCAAAGAACUGUUUCUUGGGCAAAAAUACAAGUUCCUAAUGAUUGUCCUCUAGAUGAUUGGGUUGGAUUUUCUCUGUGUUUCCUAUUAGAGAGUUAUUAUGCUGACCCAGAAAUAUGCAGGCAUGAGAUUGAAUGUUAUUUGUUUGCACCUAAUGGUAAGAAGUUGAUCAGCACAAGAAGAUUACCUCCUAUGAAUCCAUGUUAUCCUCAUCUUUAUAUUCUCUACUUGUCCAUUGAUCAAUUUCGCGACAAAAUACUCAAAGAUGACUCUUGGAGUGACAUUGAGUUUGCAUUGAAAUGUUAUUGCUGUCAUUCACUGCAAAUAGUGAGGUGUGGUUCGCGAUUGGUAUGUAAGCAAGAUGUUGAAGAUUGGAACAAAGUGAAGAGUCAAUUCAAUGAGAGUUGAAGAUAGUUGGAGAUCAUAUAUACCUUUGUAGCACUGACAUGUGUAGGUAUGGACACCAACACAAUCACAUCAUUCCUUGAUGAACAUGAAGCUGAAAGCAGCAUGAUGUGACAAAUUUGACCAACUAGAUACUGCACAAGCAAAUAACCUGGAAGUUGUAUCAGAGGCAAACUGAAUCUUAGAUAUUACAGAGUGUCAAACUUGUUUUAGUGCAAAAGUUUACAAAGAAGAUGGUUAGAUUCAGUCCAAUAAGAUUUGUGUUCGGUCAAAAUCCAAAUCACAAGAUGAAAGAUGAACAAGAGAAUAAUGGGGAGAGUGAAAGAAUUGAAGAGAGUAAUUAUUGAGGGUGAAAAAUAGUUGUUUUUUUUAUAUCGAGAGAUAAGAGUUUUUAUUUACAAACAUCGUAACUAAUCUUAUAAAUUUUGUAACCACAAAGUUUAUAACUAAUCUCGCAAAUUCUGUAACUAAUCAUACAAACAUUGUAACUAACCUUAUAGACUUUGUAACUACUUGAAUUACAUUUCUUCAACACACCACCUUAAUUCAAGUCUUCCAAA